AAAUUAGAUGUUUUAAGCACACCGCGGCCUGGUAUAUAUAGAGGCAUAUGAUUACGACCGACAUCAUAAGUCAUUCGGCUACUUGCGUUUACUGUUUACUAGACGAACAAACGUGUACCAUGAAAGUCCUGUUAGUACUCUGCCUAGUAGCUGCGGCGGCCCUAGCCGAUGACAAGUACACGGACAAAUAUGACAAUAUCAACUUGGACGAAAUCCUGGAAAACAAACGACUGCUGCUAGCCUACGUCAACUGUGUUAUGGAGAGAGGAAAGUGCAGUCCUGAAGGCAAGGAACUUAAAGAACACCUGCAAGACGCCAUCGAGACCGGCUGCUCAAAAUGCACAGAAGCUCAAGAGAAGGGCGCCUACAAGGUCAUUGAGCACCUGAUCAAGAACGAGCUGGACAUCUGGCGCGAGCUGGCUGCCAAGUACGACCCCAAGGGAGACUGGAGGAAGAAGUACGAAGACCGCGCGAGAGCCAACGGCAUUCAGAUCCCCGAACACAACCGUGUUUCUUUUUGUAUUUUAGAAGAUAUUUUCAAAAAUUUCAGGAUGAAGUUUGUCGUGGUUGCUCUCGUGGUUACUCUGGCGGCGUUCGCGGUUGCCGAAACCUACACGGAUAGGUACGACAACAUCAACAUUGAUGAAAUCAUUGAGAAUAGGAAGCUGCUGGUUCCGUAUAUCAAGUGUGUGCUGGAACAGGGAAGAUGUACCCCAGAAGGAAGGGAACUUAAAGCCCACAUCAAAGACGCGCUCCAGACUUCAUGCACGAAAUGUACUCAGAAACAAAGGAAGGCGUCGAGGAAGGUUGUCAAGCACAUCAGAGCUAACGAGCUGGACUACUGGAAGCAACUCCUCGCUAAGUACGACCCUGACAACGUAUAUGUGAAGAACUAUGAGUCUUUCCUUGCUGCCGACGACUAGGGAAUGUUGCAGGAGUAGGAUAAUUGGACAUUGAACGAAUAUAGUCGAAUAUCAAAACUUAGCUUGUAGUGUGCCUACAAAUAAAUUAUUUGGAGUAUA